UUAGCCUAGAUGUCAGUGUGGCUCUGUGGGGCUCCUGUGGAGAUGUACUACUGGGUGUGCUCAACAGAUCAGCCCUGUCUGUCUGUUUGUCUGUCUGUGAGCAGUAUUUGAGCCCCGCAGGGUUUAAUACCCCAGCCUGACCACAUAACAAAACCUUGGAGUACCUCAGGGCUGUAUGGACACGCCGCUUGGAUUUAAGCAACAGGGUAUCCAGUGCCCCCAUGACAAAGCUUUCCAUAAGAAUGACAUAGACCUACAGCCAGGUCCAGUAGGCUAGAUUCUGAGCCAUGGCUGUGGGAGGUGGGCUUCAGAGGAGCACCAGAUCAGCCAAUCAGGAUGCUGGAUGUCACCACACCUAGCUAGAGGUCAGAAGUCAGACCUGAGAGAGAGAACCAGAGAGAGAGGAUGGAGACCAGAGGGCGCAGCACCAGGGCAGGGUUUCUGUUCUGGACCCCUGCUCCUCAACACCCUUCUCCCUCCAGCUCCAUAGGCACAGAUGCGGACUGGGGGGAUGAGGAUGAGGAGGAAGGUGGGGACAGGAAAGAGGAAGAAGAAGAGGACUUCCACAGCCAGAUGGAUGAGAACGGGAUCAUAGGACUGGACAAGGCCUUGGAGAAUGUGGGUCUGGGAGAAGAGGAGGAGGAGGGAGAGGAGGUUGGAGAGGAGGAGGGAGUGGAGCGUGGAGAGGAUGAUCCACCCUGGUACUCUGGAGCUUUGGACCAAGAGGGACCCAGGGAGGGGUUCCUGUCCCCCAGUAGGGCAGGUGGGAUGGGGCUGGACCAGGGGUUGGAACAGGUAGACCCUCUGGAGGAGCUGAGUUAUAACCUGAGUGAGCUGCAGGACUCAGAGCCUCUGUCCCAGUCUGAGCCACCUGGAGAAGACACUCACACCCUGUCACUCAAUGUCCUGGAGGCCAAGGACAGUGUGGAGAUCUGGAGUGAGGAUGAGGAGCAGCAGCAGAAGGAUGAAGAGGAGCAGAGCUGGGUGGUCCACAGGCAGCGGAUGGAGCAUCUCCCAGAGAGAGACAGACAGCUGGACAUGACAGAGGAUGAAAGGAAGGUAGAGGAGGAGGAGGAGGAGGAGGAGGACAGCGAGCCCCAUGCACACACUGACAUGAUGUCAUGUCCUGUCAUAGCUGGGGCUGGGUCUUGCUGGGAUCAGGGCCAUAGUGUCAGAGGAGAAGAGAGAAAGGUAAGUGCCAUAAGAAGUUACAGCGCCGACCUACAAAUAGAAGAGACUAGUGAAUUCUCAGAGAGUGACAACAGAGGGGGGACACGGUUGGUAGAGAGUGUGUCUGGAAACCUCUCCUCCUUUUUCCCUCCUGACCUGCUCAGUCCAUCCCCCAAGUAUCCUUCCUCCCCUCCCAGAGGUUGUACCAUUCCUCACCUCCUCCACUUCUCCUCCGAGGAGUUGGCUGAUGCUCCCGGGGUUGAAGCCGAGACGUUCCUGGAGGAACCCACCUUUACAGAGAGCCUUCCGGAAUCCCGCAGCAGCCGGAUGAGCCACGCCCCCAGGCCUCAUUGGCAGCCUGAGUCAGGGGGGGAGGAUCUCAAGCCUAGGACCUUUCCUUACCCAGCAGCCAUCUUUCCUGAGCAUGGGAUAUCUUACCGACUCAGAGAGAGAAACGAGGGGGGUGAAGAGAGCCUACAAGAUGAGUCAGGCGUUAACCAUCGGCAACACGCCUCUCGCUCUCCAAGGAAGAUGAAACAGCGCUCACCUGACACUCCACGAGCCAUGGCUCAUUCCCCUCAGAAAGGUUGGCAUGCACCCUCACAGUUCCCUUCUCACAGCAGCACCCAGGACAGGAGCCUCCGGACCCACAGGGAGAGUCCCCCCAAACCCCAACCCAGGAGCCAUGACCCUGACAUGGACGAGGGUCGGAGAGGGCCACUGACCUACCCCACUCCAGACUUCUCCAAGGUAGAGCCCAGGGUCCGCUUCCCCAAGAGCGGCUACACACCCCCCAAGAGCAAAGGCUCCCCCAGAAAGAGGUCUCUGUCAGUGGAGCCCCCCCUGGUGUUCAAGUCUCCUGCUGACAUAGUGAGAGAGGUGCUGCUGAGCAGUACAGACGGACCCCCUCCCCCCUCGCCCCCCAACGGGCCCCACAGGCCCCUAAACUCCACGGCGCCAGAGGACUUCAGAUGCCCACAACAGGCCAGCACUCUGGUACAGCAGCUGCAGGAGGACUACAGCAGGCUGCUAACCAAGUAUGCUGAGGCAGAGAACACUAUUGAUCAGAUGCGUCUGGAAGCCAAGGUGGGCCUCUACUCUGACCCUCCCAAUCCCAGUCACGCUGUCCAAUCAGGUGUGCUCCAUAAAGGUUCAAAAGUCAUGACCUUAACCUUUCCCCAAGCUCAGAGGGCAGAGCUCAGCUCAGGCUCCAUUCACCUGAAUGGACAGGCUGCCCACCAAGGACCUGGUGGAGUCUCCCCUGUCUGUCCCUCCUCAGCGGCCUCCUCUUCCUCCAGAAGCCUGGGCCCUGGAGAUGGAGAGAGGCUGACCAGGGCUCUCUCAAAGCAGGCUGACAGGUUCCUCUACCAGGUGCAGACAUUUGAAGAGCACCUGAGGAGAGGGAAACUCAAACCGUUUGAGCAGAUGAAGGGUUUGUCCCAGCUUCUCCAAGGGCAGGAUUCUCUGGAAAGAGGUUAUCUAGCAGCACGAGAUGAACACAGAGUCCUACUGCAGAGAGGGGCUGAGCUGGGCCCCUUUGACCUGGGCAGGGAGUUGGAGGGCCGUAUAUUCCAGUGUGGGAUGCGUGUGGAGGAGCUCAAGGAGAAGGUGGAGCAGACUGAACAGGACCUACCCACCUCAGAGGCCCCUCCCACUCCACGGCCUCACCCCACCCCUUACUCCAUGCCAGCAGGGAGCAGCGAGCCCAUGCCACUCCCUGAGAGCCCAGUGUUACCUCUGCCUGGGGAGUCUGGGGAGGUGAUGAAGGUGGAGGUUAGCUCGGCUAGCGGAGAGAGCGAGGGAGAGGAGGGAGGAUUGGGAGAGGAGGAAGUAUUGCCGUCCCUUCUCCUCCGUCCUUUAGGUCACAAACACAAACGUGUAGAGAGAGACUUCAGCAUGCUGAUGAACCACUACCAAAGUUUCAGGGAGCUGCCCAGACUGCUAGACCUGAAUCUGACAGAGGAAGACCAAGACUCUCCUGAUGCAGGAGAAGAAGCCACACAUUCAGGUGGUGGGGGGACAAGAGAGGGACCACACCCAGGGACAGGGAGGGAGGAGGGCCACACAAGUCUCCCUCAGAGACAGCCAAUGCUAGGUCAGCAGGACGCUAUAUUCAUUCCAAUGGCGAGACCAAGGACCAGCAAAUCAGUUCCUCCUUCCCCAAAGGACCUCAGCCAAUCCCCUGCAUUUCAUGGUUCACCGGCCAAUGACAGCAAGAGGUCAGAGGUCAGGAAGUCUCAUGGCAGCAGUCUGACCAGUCUGGGGGACAGUGCUGCGUCGGAGAGGAGGGGCUCCAAACUGCAGCCUGGGACCAGGAGAGUGUCAUCUCAGGAUGGGAUCAUCUCACCAGAGACUGACAGUGGUUUUGUGGGCUCCAAGAGCAGUCACUUGACUCCUGCAGCACCCAGUCUUCUCCACCAGAUGGCCACAGCGAGCCUGUCACUCCCAGAGGAGCAGAACUCAGGGAAGCCCCAGCACACAGCCCCUGUCCCCUCCUCCUCCCCCUCACACAGACCUCAGAGACCCCCCUCGCUGGAGCACAGUGGAGGCUCUCCUCUCAGCACCCCAAGGAGGGUAGGGGGCUCUUCAGGGAGAACCAGAGGGGGGGCGAGGAGGGGCACCUCAGCAUCCAGGUUCCCCCAGCCCUGGGCUGGCAGUGGGACCAGUGAGUUUGGACCAGGCAGUGACCAUAUCCACACUGUGUCAGGAGAGGACAAGGGACGGAGUGACCGUUCCACCCGAACACCCAAUCCCCAGCACUGCUACCAGCCAAACCACUCCCCCACUGCACCCAAUCACCAUGGCGAUCCCCCUCGAGCCCUGAGCGCUGGUCAGUUGACCAAUCGCAAUGAAGCCAUCCAGUCUCUGCAAGUGGAGGUGAGCAGACUGAAGGAGCGACUAGAGGGAAGUAUGAGACAGACCAACCCUCCCAGUCCUGUCAGAGCGCCCCCCUCAGCCCAGAAUGACCACACACACCCUCUCAGCUCAACACCUCGCAUUAGGUCUGCUCAGCGAAGGAGGGAUGGUGGUAGAGAGAGGAAGAGGGGCUCCGAGCAGGAGGAGGAGGAGAGGGCUCCGAGGUCAACUCCUAGAAGAUCAGCUUCUGUACCUCGACAGCCUCUAAGACUUGAACUGGAUAUCACGACAGAUUCGGAGCAUGCCCAGUUCACACCCAGACCUCGGUCCUCCAGACGUAUCCCAGAGUCCCCUGCAUCACGUGGCAGAGCAGAGACAGUCAGGAACAGAGGAGCCCACACCAGGCAGCAUGUCAGUAUGUCUGUAGGUGGAUGUGGGUAUAUUGGUGAUGAACCUGACUGUAGAGGGAGGCAGGCCCCUGUGUGUCUACAGUGUGCUCCACAGACACACACCAAUGGACACUCUACACAACAAGAAGAGGGUGGUGGUGACACUGAGGCUAUCCACGGUCACACUGGGCUUCAUUCUUGUCACUGUCCUAUGUGUGGGAGGUCUGAGACAUAUGGGAACACAAGCAGGGAAUACGACCGGAGGACGGAGAGAGACAUGGGUCCCGCCCACAGAGGCACCCAGCCAAUGAGCUCCCCCCACAGAGAUGUGAGAGGCGUGUCAUUUGCAGCACCGCCCCUUCCCAUGCUGGGCAGUGUGCCGCUGGUCCAGUGUGUGCCAGUGUGCCCGCCAGUUCUGUACUACUCCAGCCCCGUGAUAAAGUUAGCUCCAUCCCACCGCCAGCCAAUCUACAUGUCUCUGAGUGGGGGUGUGGUCUCUGGGGUCAGGGAUCGUGAGCAGGUGAGAGGUGGAGCUGGCCGUUCCCUGUCUGCUGACCAGCGCUCUCUGAGCAGCUCUCUGAACCAUGCCAUCGAGGCAGCCAGGGGGAUGAGGGAGACCUCCCGACGCAUGGCCCGCUCCAUCGCCACUGGACUGCACCACCAGGAGGCGCUGUCACAGUCCUGCAUGUACUGAUGGACCAGACCAGACGUACACGAGGGUCGUAUUUAUUAGGCAACAAACAACAGUGGCUCAGCACUGAUAGUAAGGUAGGGUCUACACACGGUACUUUCUACAGGUUAUAGGUUACUUUGUACAGUACAUGUUAUGGCUUUAGAUCAAAGUUUGAGCGGCUAGUGGUCUACUCCCGAGUGGCGCAGUGGUCUAAGGCACUACAUCGCAGUGCUAGCUGUGCCACUAGAGCUCCUGG